UGAGGCGGGCGGGUAGAGCUCCGGCGCCUCCACACAGUGAUGAGCUGAGAAACCGAGGGGGAGACUGCCUGGUCGAAAUCGAGCUGGUCGGCAUGUGGAACGCCGCGCGUCCCCACUGCUCAAUUUGAAGUCGUUUACAAGCGAAUGCGGAUUCUGAGGGGAAAUGAGUAACAGCGUUGGCUCCAGGAUGGAAGGCUCGGCCGGAUCGGUCAGCAUGCCCAACGGACCGGUCUUGGCCCCCGCCGGUCCCUCGCUCGGCCCGCCGCCAGAGGAGCCGGCCAGCGGGCCUCAGUCAUCCCUAACGGAAAUCACCGAGAUGUGGCUAAAAUUCGGCAAGACCUUCGCUGCCAUUCUGCCCAUCUACAUCCUGGGCUACUUGGAAUUCAGCUUCAGCUGGGUGCUGAUCGGACUAGCGGCCUUGUUCUACUGGAGGCGAGCCCACGGCGGAAAGGACUACAGGAUCAAUCGCGCACUGGCCUUCCUGGAGCACGAGGACAAAGUCGUCAAGCAGACUCUGCCCACCACCGAGCUGCCGUCAUGGGUCCACUAUCCAGAUGUGGAGCGAGUGGAAUGGCUCAAUAAGACGGUGAGGCAGAUGUGGCCGUUCAUUUGCCAGUUUGUGGAUAAGUUGUUCAGGGAGAGCAUCGAGCCGGCGGUCCAGGGGGCCAACCCGCAUCUCAGCUCCUUUUGCUUCUCCAAGAUCGACAUGGGCGACAAGCCAUUCAGGGUGAACGGUGUCAAAGUGUACACGGAGAACGUGGACAAGCGGCAGGUCAUCAUGGACAUGCAGAUCAGCUUUGUGGGCAACACGGAGAUCGACGUGGACAUCAAGAAGUACUACUGCAGGGCGGGAAUCAAGAGCAUUCAGCUUCACGGCGUGAUGCGUGUGGUAAUGGAGCCUCUCCUGGGAGACAUGCCCCUCAUUGGCGCACUCUCCGUCUUCUUCCUCAAGAAACCCCUUCUGGACAUCAACUGGACAGGCCUGACCAACGUUCUCGACAUUCCUGGGAUCAACGGUUUGUCCGACAGCCUGAUCCAGGACAUCAUCUACAGCUUCCUGGUGCUGCCCAACCGUAUCACCAUCCCUCUGGUGGGCGAGGCCCAGCUCAGCCGCCUUCUCUUCCCCGUGCCUCAAGGCAUCUUGCGCAUCCACUUCUUGGAGGCGCAGGACCUUCUGGGUAAAGACAAGUUCCUGGGCGGCCUCAUCAAGGGCAAGUCGGACCCGUACGGGGUCAUCCGGGUGGGCAACCAGCUCUUCCAAAGCAAAGUCAUCCACGAGACAGUCAACCCCAAGUGGAACGCCGUCUAUGAGGCGGAGGUCAUGGACCCCGAGGGACAAAAUCUUGAGGUCCAAUUGUACGACGAAGACACGGACAAAGACGACGUGCUGGGAAGCGUGACCAUUGACCUGUGCGAGGUUGUCAAGGAGCAGAAAGUGGACGAGUGGUUCAGUCUGGACGACGUGGCUUCCGGCAAGUUGCACAUGAAGCUGGAGUGGUUGUCUCUGCUGUCCACGCCCGACAAGCUGGACCAGGCACUGGCCAGCAUCCGUGCCGACCGCGGCAAAGCCAACGACGGCCUCUCUUCGGCGCUCCUCGUCGUCUUCUUGGACUCGGCGCGCAACCUUCCGAGCGUGUUCGAGGGCAACGUGGGAAGCGGGCAUCUUUCCGAGCGGCAAGCUGCCGGUUUGGUGUUUUGCGAGAACACGGCCUCGCUCUACCGCAGCUUAUUUUGUUAUCCCUUAGAGUUCAACCAGGUGGGGCUGAAGAAGGCCUCGCUUGAUAAGGCCUUCAAGGCUGGAAAGAAAGUGACUAGCGAUCCGAGUCCGUUUGUCCAGCUCCGAGUGGGUCACAAGUCCCAUGAGAGCAAGACACGCUACAAAACCAACGAGCCGGUGUGGGAAGAAGCUUUCUCCUUCCUCAUCCACAACCCCAGGACUCAAGACCUGGAGGUGGAGGUGAAGGAUGCCAAACACGACAACUGCUCUUUGGGCACGCUGCUUCUGCCUCUGGGCCGCCUGCUGGAGGCCGAAGACAUGACCCUCAACCAGCAGUUUCUUCUGCGCAACUCUGGACCCAGCUGCAGUCUCAAGAUGAAAAUAGCUUUGCGGGUCCUUUGUCUGGACAAAGACGCAUCUUUCGGCGUCGACCAGGCCUCAUCCGGGCUCAAGUCCAGUACCGCCAACCUGACGCCACGGCCGUCCGAGUUUUCUGACUCGGCCGCCAACAUCCCGCGCUCCUACUCUGUCUCGGGCCAGGACGGCCUGAGGCGGCGUCGGGAGUCCGAGCUGGAGGAGCCGGACAGCCGGCUGAAGGGAGGCAGCCUGGCCGAGCGCGGCCGCAGCUCGUCGCACGUGGCCAUCACGGGAUCGCAGCACUUCCUGGACGGAGGCAAGGAGGCCACGCCCAGCAUCGCCUCCGACAUCUCCUACCCCUUCGCUGCUCAGGAGCUGCAACAGAGACUCCAGCAGAUGCAGAAUGGUUCUGGACCCAGCUACUUCCCCCUGGGGGAGAUCCAGCUGACGGUAAGACACAGCUCCCAAAGGAACAAGUUGGUGGUGGUGGUCCAUGCCUGCAGGAAUCUGAUAUCAUUCACCGACCACGGCUCAGACCCAUACGUGCGCCUCUACUUGCUCCCUGACAAGAGACGCUCGGGAAGGAGAAAAACUCACACCUUCAAGAAAACGCUCAACCCCGUUUAUGAUCAGACUUUCGAGUUCAGCGUUUCCCUGGUGGAGCUCCACAGGAGAACUCUGGAUGUGGCCGUCAAGAACAGUGGAGGGUUACUCUCCAGACACAAGGGCCUGCUGGGAAAGGUCCUGGUCAAAUUGGGCCCCGAAGACGCCGCCAAGGGAUGGACGCAGUGGUAUGAGCUAACUGAAGACGGCCAAACAAAGACUCAUCUGAUCUAAAGUCAUCAUCAUCAUCGUGGUGGUGGUGGUGGUGAUGACUCGGGCGUUAUUCGAAUCUCCCCGUUUGUGCUCCUUUCAUAGUUUCCAACCAAACAAGCAGCUUUCGCAUGAAGGGGCAAGGCAGACCUUGCCUUUGAGGCAAAAGGGAACAAACGCAAAUUGGCUAUCACUAUUUAUCAUCGUCACCAAGUCCCUUUGUGUAAAUACGUACAGUGUAUGUUGCAUCGUGCAGGAUCAAGAUAAGAUGGCUGGAAUGUUAUUUUUUUUUUUUCUUCUUAACAAUGUCUGUCAUGUGUGAAGGAGCCUAAGGGACACAUGGAAAAGAGAAAGAAAUUAAAAUCCACUUUUCAAUUAAAAAAAAAAACAGUUGGACUAUACAAGGGAAAAAGUCAUAUUUUUGGGAUUGGAAACAUUUGUCAUAUUUGGAGUUUAAUGAAGGACAAAAAUCACUUUAAAAAUUAAUUAGUGUGCAACCAUUUUCUCGUGAUAUUUCAACUUUAUGAACAAAAUCUAGUGAUAAUUAAGAAUUAUUUUGUUGGGAAAAAAGUCACUUUUUUUUCUUGAAAAAUACAUCUUUUGUUUGUCUUGCGGGGGUGAAAAUGCCUUUUUUUUGGGGGGGGGGGUUCAAAUCUUCCCCUCCAAUUUUCCUUAGAAAAAUGGCUGAGGAAGAUGUGUUCUUUUUUUUAAAAUUAUGAAUAAAAUUGGAUUUGUUUUUUUUAAAUAAUUCAACUUUUGAGAAAGUGGAGGAUUAAAAAUUAGUUUCCGUCUUUAAAAAUACUUACUUUUCUAUUGAAUUUUUCAGUUUUCCUUAAAAAUGACUUCCCCCCCC